UGAGCAACCCAGCUUUAGUAACACUCCAGUGUGUAAUUACUGCCUGUGUGUCAUCCCACUUUAGCAGCUCUGGAGUCAGGAGUUGUUGCCUGGCCAGUUUCUCCCUGUUCCUAAUUUCAGAUGGAGCAAACUCGGCGCGGCCGCGGUUCCUCGGCGCUCCCCCGGCUCUGCUCCCCAGCUGAGCACACUGGAUACCUGGAGCAGGCUGCUUUUGUGUUUUUGGGGUAGUCUGGAGCCUGGCUGUGGUUUUGCUGCUUUGGCAGAUGAGUUUUGGAUGUUGUCAGCAGGGCCUUGCUUUGGUUUUCAGCGCCCGGAUCCGUCCACGCCGACAUGGAGGUGCUGUGAGCAGGAAACAUGAUUAAAGAUAACAACGAAAUUGUUCCACUAAUGGGCAAGAAAACAAACCCGCCUGGAAAUCCCCCUGCAAACCAGCAAGAGAAAAAGGUGACUGAAGGCACUCCCACCAAGAAAAGUUCCCACUUUUUCCUGGAGAUUGAUGGUUUUGAAAGCAAUGCCAGUCCCAAUAACACCUCUCCCCCCGUGUUUUCCAAGCCCAUGGAUUCCAACAUUCGCCCGUGUGCAUCUGCAAAUGGGGAAGACAUGGAUUCUCCCCAGUCCCUUCAGGAUGAUGCCACUGAAUACAGCCCUAACGUGGACAGCUGUGGUGCUACCACGUGCCCAGGCCCUGAGCUGAGGAGUGCCAGGAAGAAGCUGAAGAGGAACCUGUUCCGGGCAGUGUCCGAGGGCAACGCCGAGGAGCUGCAGCGGCUGCUGGCCGAGCUCGGGGAGCGCGCGCGGGCCUGCACCUCCCUGCCCGUGCCAGAUUACCUGAUGAAGAAGUUCACAGCUUCAGACACUGGCAAAACUUGUCUGAUGAAAGCUCUGCUGAACAUCAACCAGAACACAAAUGAGAUAGUGAACAUGCUCCUGUCCUUUGCAGAGGAAAAUGGCAUUUUGGAGAGAUUUAUCAAUGCAGCAUACACAGAAGAGGCAUAUAAAGGCCAGACAGCUCUAAAUAUUGCCAUUGAGAGGAGACAGUAUGAAAUCACCCAGAGCCUCAUAGAGAAAGGAGCUGAUGUCAAUGCUCAUGCCCAGGGUAUUUUCUUUAAUCCCAAACACAAGCAUGAAGGCUUUUAUUUUGGUGAGACUGCACUGGCUUUGGCAGCAUGUACCAACCAGCCAGACAUAAUUGAGCUGUUGAUGGACAAUGCCAGGACCAAUAUUUCCUCUCAGGAUUCCAGAGGAAACAACAUCCUCCAUGCAUUAGUGACCGUGGCAGAGGACUCCAAAACACAGAAUGACUUUGUGAUCAGAAUGUAUGACAUGAUCCUGCUGAGAAGUAAAGACAGAAAUCUGGAAACAACCAAGAAUAAGGAGGGUUUGACACCGCUGCAAUUAGCUGCAAAAACUGGGAAAUUAGAGAUUCUGAAGUACAUCCUGAGCAGAGAGAUCAGAGAGAAGCCAAACAGGAGCCUGUCAAGAAAAUUCACAGACUGGGCUUAUGGUCCUGUUCAGUCUUCUCUGUAUGACCUGACAGAGCUGGACACCACUGCUGACAACUCAGUGCUGGAAAUCAUUGUCUAUAAUACAAAUAUUGGGAAUCGUCACGAGAUGCUGACUUUGGAGCCUCUGAACUCCCUGCUGAGGAUGAAGUGGAAGAAGUUUGCACGGCACAUGUUCUUCAUGUCCUGCUGUUUUUAUUUCCUGUACAAUGUAACAUUAACAUUGGUUUCCUACCACAGGCCCAAUGAAAAUGAAGCUCCUCCUUAUCCCCUGGCUCUGACCCGAGGUGUGGGGUGGCUGCAGUUGUCAGGACAGGUGAUGGUUAUGUUAGGAGCAAUAUUUUUAGCCAUAAAAGAGAGUGUGGCCAUCUUCCUGCUCAGGCCCUCAGACCUGCAGUCCAUUCUCUCUGAUGCCUGGUUCCACUUUGCAUUUUUUAUACAAGCUUUGCUUGUGAUCUUCUCUGUCUUUUUGUACUUGUUUUCCUACAAAGAACACCUGGUGUGUCUUGUUUUGGCAAUGGCCCUUGGCUGGGCCAAUAUGCUCUAUUUCACCAGAGGUUUCCAGUCCAUGGGCAUUUACAGUGUGAUGAUACAAAAGGUCAUCCUGCAAGAUGUGAUCAAGUUUUUAGUUGUGUACAUCGUGUUUUUGCUGGGAUUUGGUGUAGCUCUGGCUGCCCUGAUUGAGACGUGCCAGGAGGGUGGGGAAUGCCACUCCAACAGCAGCCUGGGGCCUGUCCUGAUGGAUCUGUUCAAGCUCACCCUGGGGCUGGGUGACCUGGAGAUCCAGCAGAACUCCAAGUACCCUGUCCUGUUCCUCCUGCUCCUCAUCACUUUCGUUGUGCUGACUUUUGUUCUUCUCUUGAACAUGCUGAUUGCAUUAAUGGGAGAAACCGUGGAGGAUAUUUCUAAGGAGAGUGAGCACAUCUGGAAACUUCAGAGAGCCAGGACUAUUUUGGAAUUUGAAAAAUUCUUACCAAAAUGCCUGAGGAAAAAAUUCCAGCUGGGAGAACGUUGUAAAGUGGCUGAAAAUGACACCAGGGUGUGUUUAAGGAUUAAUGAAGUGAAAUGGACCGAGUGGAAAACCCAUGUUUCAUUUAUUAAUGAAGAUCCAGGGCCAACAGAUCCAAGCAAAAUUCAAGAUAAUUCAAGAACUAAUAGCAAAAACACCCUGAAUACGUUUGAAGAAAUGGAUGAUUUGCCUGAAACUUCUGUUUAGUUGUGCUGUGCUUGACGUGUGGCUCUUCUGAAGGUUAAAAGCAUCAGCAGUGGAGGCUGAAAGCUUUGUGGCUGUUUUGGACAGCUGUAGCCAGCUGGAACACAAACUUUCAGCGACACAGUCUGAUGGCUUGCACCCAUUUAUUCUGAGCAGCUGAGCUGAAAUAAAUGGGAUUAUUUCACUGGGUCAGUUCUGAGCCUCUCAAACUUGCUGUCCAAGUUUGCCUGAUGCUCCUCAAACUUGGCUCGAGACGUUUAACUGGAUAAAAAAGGUCAAAUGUGAGAUAUUUCUUCCUUUUGAGGUAAAUUAAGGUCAUCGUGAUCCCAAUCUGCUGGCUUUUGGAAUCCCUAACUCAUGAGAAACUCAUUUUGUAGACUGAAACAAAAAAGUUCUUGUUGUGGAGAAAAGCAAAGCAUUUCAGUUCUGAAGAUGACUAAAUGAAGUGUGUCGUUUUGAAGUCACAAGGUUCUGGGUACAUUUGCAGCUCUUGCAUUACUGUCAGUGUUACUGGGGGCUUGGUCCCAUCAGCUGGAAAAUCAGAUCCCACUGGCUUUGCCUGGUCUGUUUUCCUCUGUGCAGUCCCAGGGUGUAAUUGGAGUUUAUUGCUGUUUAUUUAUUACUGUGUGUCUGUGCCUCCUCAUCAACUAACAGGGCAGAAAUAGAAUUCCUGAUGGAGGAUUUUUGCUCCAAUCCCAACAUUAAUUUUCCUCCUUGGCUUUUUCCAUGCUGUUGUAUCUUCCUACAUAAAGAGUUACCACACUGGAAGUUCUUCUGAUUUAAUUUUUGCAUUUAACCACUUCAGAAAAAUCAGAAGUCAAUAUUUCUUCCCCAGGUGAACAAAAUUAGUUCAAUGCAAUGCAAUUCCAGACUUUAUUUUUUAUUCAGAGGACUCUGUAAUGCAUUUCUGUAGCUCUUAUUUAAUUACCUGUGAUGACCAAGUACUAUGAAUUAUAUUUUUCAUUUUCUAUUUUAUGUGUGUACAUAUAAGGAGAAACAUUUGUUCUGUGUACUUUUAAAUUUCAAUUAACAUGUAUCUCCAGUGUCAUGGCUUUUCAUCAGAAUUAUUCAUGUGGUGCCUGUUUUAAAGGUGCUAUUUUAGGUGAGACUCAGGGGAACUCAGUUCUGUGUUUGAAUGAUAAUAAGAAUUGCAUUGGAUUUUGCAGCUGUGGGCAAAAUGAUCCAAAAGACUUUCUUAAGACAGAAGAGAGCAUGAGGAAAGCCAGCAGUGGGAAGGAUAAUGCAAAAUAUUUACAGGGAUGGUGAGCGUGGGUCCUGCUGCCCAACCAGCCCUGACAGGCGCCGUCCCCUGAGAUUCCAGCCACGGAAUGGAUGCAUGGAUGGGAUCCACAGGAACCUUGGGCUGUGUUCUGGGCACAGGAAGUGCAGGGGAAGGACAUUUGUGUACCCACAGCCCACGUCACACCCCAGCACUGUUUGGCUUUCUCAGUAGGAGACGUGAGGAUGAGAAGAAAAGUUCCCGCGGUCUCGGAAUCUUUGUUGAUUUUGCACCAAAGCUGCCGAGGAAGGACAUUGCCUCAGGGCUGCUCAGCUCUGCUUGGAUCCUUUCUGUGCCAGUUUUUGUACAAAGGGAAAAAAAAUACCUCUUCACACACACUCAGGAACCAGGUUGGGCCGUGAGGCCACUGGAAACACGACGAGGCCUCUGCGCCGUGCUGAGGCUGCUCUGGGCUGUGAAAAAAGCACAAAAACCCUACAAGAAACACAAAAAUCCCUACAAGAAACACAAAAAACCCUACAAGAACAUGCUGUGCCCCUGCCCAGGCACUAAACCUG